CAGCACCUACGCCGCACGCCACUCCACAGCACGCCCGCGCGAGCCGCAUCGUGCCGGGAUGCAUCGACCGCGCUGCCGCAGGGCGCCUGCCUGCUUGAGUCACAGCGCGUGUGCGCCUCGUGGGGUUGCUCCUCAUGUCCAGCCCUGAGCCUGCCCGUCUCCCGGGCUGGGCCGUGCCGACGACAGCAAAGCAAGUGCCGUGCGCGCCCUUUGCCCUGCAGCUUGUCCAUGUUGCGUGCGGCUGCGUGUGCUAAUCUGGCUGGGCUGGGCUGGUGAUCAGCUGGGCCUGUGACUGUGCCUGGACGCCGUAUGCGCAGGGAAGAGUAUAAGAAGCGUGGGAGGGUAUGGGACUGACAGACGGAACGAGCAGACUACACGUUGACCAGAGACGCGGGUUCGAGGACAUGACACGGCACCAUUCACUUUCAAAUACGACGUAACGACAUCUCACCGUCUGCCUCAUGUCAGACACGCAGUCAGACACGCUCGAGGCCACCCGGCUCGCCGGCCUCGUCCGCCGUGCCCUCGCCGCCCUCGACAGCGCCCUCCCCGGCUUCGACCCGUCGCGGCCGCUGACCGCCGACGAGAUGCUCGCGCUGCCCCUGGCCACGCACCGCGUCGACGACGAGCUGCACGGCCUCCCCCGACGGCGGUCCCCCCGCGCCGCCCUCGCGCAGCUCAUCGCACCGCUGCUCUACCCGGUCCACGACGGCUCCCUCGCGGCUCUCAUCCGCUACGAGGCCGACCGCGUGCGCGUCCGCGGCUGGGUCGUCGUCCAGCGCAAGUUUGACCUCUUGCGGGCCACCCGGCGCAACGGCCGCCACGCCCUGGGCCUGUCGGGCGGCGCGGGGCCCGGCGUGCGGGCGCCCGUGUGGUCGAGCCGCGUCGUCGACCAGGGCCCCUGGGACGAGCAGAGGAUGCCCGUGUCCCGCGCCGGCGUCCCCGCGGUGCCCAUGCCCGUCCGGGUCGCGCGAGAGGAGCACCUGGCGCCGUUCUUUGCUCACCUGCGCGGCCAGGGCACGCACGUGCUCGAGGACGACGAGGCCGACGGCAGCGGCGGGACGGCGCUCGACGGCGGCAAGGGGGAGCCGUACUACGGCGUGCCGGGCGCCGAGUUUGCGCGCGGCGUCGUGUACGCGGACGGGCGGAUGGACCUGUGCAAAAUGGUGGUCGGGCCGGACCACAUCGGGCGGCUCAUGGACAGCCUCCGCGGCAACGCCUUUGUGCGGCACUUUCUGCUCGGCAACAACAUCGUCGGCCCGGCGGGGGCGCGCGCCAUCGCCGCCUUCAUCGAGGAGCUGCCGCGGCGCAUGGAGACGUGGUACCUCGCGGGCAACUGCAUCGACGGCGCGGGCUUCACGGCCCUCGUCGACGCCAUGACGCGGUCCCCGGCCGUCACCAACGUAUGGCUCAAGCGCAACCCGCUGGGCGCGCACGCCGCCGACGAUGUGUUCCGGCUCGUCACGCAGACGCCCAACCUGCGCACGCUGGACCUGGACCAGACGGAGCUGGGCGACGCGGGCGUGGCGCGCCUCUUUGCCCGCCUGGCCGCGCACCCGGGGCCGCCGCUGCCCCUGCGCAACCUGUACCUCAACGGCAACGGCAUCGCCGCCGACGGGGCGCGCGCCCUGGCCGGGUUCCUCGCCAGCCCGUGCUGCCCCCUCUCGUCGCUGUACCUAUCGUGCAACCCGCUCGGCGACGCGGGCGUCGAGGCCCUCGCGGCGGCGCUGCCCGCGGCAAGGCACCUGACACGCCUGCUCCUGCAGUCGGUCGGCGUUGGCACGCGGGGGGCCGUGGCGCUCUGCCGCGCCGUGACGGCGUGCCCCGGACUCCGGACCCUCGACCUCGGCCAGGCGUACGCGACCGAGGACCUGGCGCAGGCGUACAACUACAUCGACGACGGCGCCGUGCCCGCCAUCAGGGCCAUGCUCAUCACGGGCGCCGGGCUCGAGUACUUUAGCCUCGGCCACUGCGCCGUCUCGCACGCUGCCCUCGACGAGCUGUCAUGCGCCAUCGCCGCGUGCCCGUCCCCGCUGCUCUACUACGCCGCGUCCUCCGUCCUGCCCCGUCCACGCCGCCCCGAUGCCGUCUUCGUGCCCGCACGCGACACCCCGCUGCCGCACCCGGACGCCCCGCCGCGCGCCGCCGUCGACGCCGAGAAGCGGCUGCGCGCGCGCCUCGAGGCCAAUGUUCGCGCGCGCUUUGCCGACCCGGGCAUGACGUACACGCGCUUCCUUGCCGAGGAGAGGCGCUGGCUCGUCAGCGACAGGGACGACGUGCGCAAAAUCGACAGCGUGUACCGCAACCGCGAGGCGGCCGCGGCGCGCAGGGGGGCCGGAGCGCUGGCCAAGCGGUGGGACGAGGGGGAUGAUACCCUCCAGAGGGUGGGGGAGCUGGGCGUCGUGCCAGUGUUGCGGACCGCGAUCGCUGCGUAAACGGCGGCUUGAUUU